AUCAAAUCUUUAUAGGGAAAAGUGAAAAAAACAACACGCAGUGAGCAAAAUGUUUGGGAAAUAAAUAAAUAUAAGAAAACAAAGCAUAAAACAUAAAAUAUAAUGGUGAAGACAGCUGGCUCUUUCCGGAACACACAAUGGGAUCCCAUACUGCUUAUAUCUCAAAUUGUUGCAAUGCAGGCUGUGCUGUACACCACCCUGGGAAUGGUGAUGUUCUUCAUGGAUGUGCUCGCUGGAGCGAACCACACACUUGAUCAUCUCUUUCAAUAUCACGAGAUUCACGUGUUUGACCUUGGGGGUCGCCUAGUGAUAUGUGCAUUCGUUUUGAACUCCUUUGUGGGGUCCCUGGCACUGUGGUUCAUCGUACGACGGACAAAACUUUGCCUUGACUUCACGUGUACGUUCCACCUGAUUCACCUCAUCAUCUGCUGGUGGUACAACUCGGCGUUUCCCACUUCAUUCUCCUGGUGGCUCCUGAAUGCAGUCUGUGGGGUACUCAUGUGUGUCUGUGGGGAAUUUAUGUGCCUAAAGACGGAACUUCGUGAAAUUCCAGUUGGCUACUCAGCCCUCAAUCAACGUGCCGACCUCUGAAAACCCCUCUAAUCAUUUUCUCAUUAAAUUAUUCCUUUUUUUAUUUAAUUCACAUCCCUCUUCACAAAA